CUGAGGGCGGGUGAAGCGGCCCGAGAAGCAGUAGAGGCGCGACCUCGGCGUCCGGGCGUACGGAACGAGGGACUGACGAGCCUGCAGUCCACUCAGAGGAGCCGAGCGACGGCGGAGGGGCUUCCGCUAAAAGGGAAAAAUGGUGUGGUGCACGCCUGUAAUCCUAGCACUCUUGGGAGGCUGAGGCAGUAGGUCGCAAAUAUGAGUUCCGCCUGGGCAAUCUGGCGAGACGCUAUCUCAAAAAAAGGAAUGGGUAUGAAGCUCAGUACAAAGGCCCUGGGUUCAACCCUCCGUAUCGCAAAAAAGAAGAGGGAGUCCAUAGGGCAUUGUGCGUGUCCAUUCCGAGAACUGAUCUCCGAGAGCCGUGAAGGUCCGGCCAGCCGAUUGAGCAACGCCUUGAGGCGACAGCUCCGGGCCGAUAGGCCACGCCCCGCGACGUAAGACGCGACGCUCUCGCGAGCGGUUGAGAAGGUCGAAGGGAGCGGAAGAUGGUUCCUCGCGAGCCUAGCGAUCGUACCUAUCUGGUACGCUGGGCUGCGGCCCUGCUCCUCACUCUGGGCGUGGAAAGCGCUCUGGCGCUACCCGAGGUAUGCACCCAGUGUCCGGGAAGCGUGCAAAAUUUGUCGAAAGUGGCCCUUUAUUGUAAAGAGUCACCGAUCCUCAUGGUGCAAGCCCGCUGCUGCAUGGAUCAGAAGGGCACCAUCUUGGGGCUGGAUCUCCAGAACUGUUCUCUGAAGGAUCCUGGUCCAAACUUUCCUCAGGCGUAUACCGCUGUUGUCAUAGACCUUCACACAAACCCCCUCGUGGGUGACUUGGGCAACACCUUCCGUGGCUUUACACAACUCGAAACUCUGUUACUGCCACAAGCUGUCAGCUGUCCUGGAGGUCGUAAUGCUUGGGAACAUGUGAACUCUUACGUGAACUACAAAAUCUGCCAAGGUCAGAAGAACCUUUGCAAUAACACUGGGGAACCAGAAAUGUGUCCUGAAAAUGGAUCUUGUCUACCUGAUGGUCCUGGUCUCUCACAAUGUAUUUGUACUGAUGGCUCCCACGGAUACAAGUGUAUGCGCCAGGGCUCCUUCCCAGUGCUUAUGUUCUUCGGGAUUCUGGGAUCCACCACUUUCUCCAUCUCCCUCCUGCUUUGGGGAACUCAACGCCGAAAGGCCAAGACUUCAUGAACCCCAUAAGGCUUUCUUUUGAUCUACGGUCGUCUUGAUCAGUCCUAGCCCAGCCAGGGAGAUUUGCUUCCUUGACAGGCGUCAUUGGGCCAUGGCUCCUCCUCAAGACCGAGGCUGCUGUGGAAGGAAGAUGAAAAAUUGUAUCACCCUGGAAUGUUCUGGACACUCAGGGUCACCAGUGGACUCGUACAAUUCUCAUUUGUGCUGUUGACUACAAUAAACGUCUUUUUUCCCUUUUAGGGAACGGCA